GUAGGUGGCGCUGUCUAGAAAUUAAUAAAGGCUCUAAAGCUGCUGGAACUAUUACUGCUGCUGACGCACCAGCAGAAAUAACUUUCACUUUGUCACACUGAGGACUGCGAACUUAAACCUGACAAUGUUCAGGACAUAUUCGCUCGACGGAGGCAGCAGUGACUCAGAUGGUACAGCAGCAGCACCAGCAUCAAGUUCGCCGUUUCGAUCCGCUCUGCGUACCAGCACAUUCACGAGAGGCACACAGACCCCCCGUGUUAACCUGUUUGGAGGAGGCAGCAGUAACUCAGAUGGUUCAACAGCUGCACCAGCUUCAAGUGUGCCGUAUCGACAUGUUCUGCGUCCCAGAAUCUUGAGGAGCACACAGAUCUCCUCAGUUAACCUGUUUGGAGGAGGCAGCAGUGACUCAGAUGGUACAGCAGCAGCACCAGCUUCAAGAGUGCCAUGUCAAAUCAUUCUGCGUGAAAAACCUUUGAGGAGCACGCAGACCCCCCGUGUUAACCUGUUUGGAGGAGGCAGCAGUAACUCAGAUGGUUCAACAGCUGCACCAGCUUCAAGUGUGCCGUAUCGACAUGUUCUGCGUCCCAGAAUCUUGAGGAGCACACAGAUCUCCUCAGUUAACCUGUUUGGAGGAGGCAGCAGUGACUCAGAUGGUACAGCAGCAGCACCAGCUUCAAGAGUGCCAUGUCAAAUCAUUCUGCGUGAAAAACCUUUGAGGAGCACGCAGACCCCCCGUGUUAACCUGUUUGGAGGAGGCAACAGUGACUCAUAUGGUACAGCAGCAGCGCCAGCUUCAAAUUUGCUGUUUCAACCUGUUCUGCGUCCCAAAAUCUUGAGGAGCACACAGAACUCCUCAGUUAACCUGUUUGGAGAAGACAGCAUUGGCUCAGAUGAUAAAGCAGCAGCACCAGCUUCAAGUUUGCCAUUUCGAUCUGGUCUGCGUGCAAAAGCACCCAUGAGGAGCACACAGAACCGUUCAUUCAACCUGGUCGCAGGAGCGAUGCCACGAGCCACUGAGGAACUGAGGAUUGUGCUGGUGGGGAAGACUGGAUCUGGGAAGAGCGCCUCAGGAAACACCAUUCUUGGCUGUGAGUCCUUUAAAUCAAUGAUGAGCCCCACGUCCAUUACUGACGAGUGCUCCAAGGCCAGAGCAACGGUGGAUGGACAAGACGUGGUGGUUAUCGACACCCCGGGUCUGUUUGACACCAGCCAAUGGGUGAACACCACAUGUAGACACAUCAGCCAGUGCAUCUAUUACGCUUCUCCAGGACCCCACGUCUUCCUGAUCGUCAUCGGAUUGGGCAGGUUCACGGAGGAAGAGAUGAAGACAGUGCAGCUGAUUCAUGAGCUGUUUGGUCAGGCUGCAGACAGGUACAGCAUGGUCCUGUUCACUCGAGGCGACGACCUCAAAGGAACCACUAUCGAGGAGUUCAUUGGAAAGUCCCUGGAUCUGCAGGAACUUGUGGCCAGAUGCCACGGCCAGUACCAUGUCUUUAAUAAUAACCUGAAGACUGGCCCUCAGGUCAGCGAGCUGCUUCAGAAGAUCAGAAAUAUUGUGAGGAACAAUAGAGGAAGCCACUACACCAGCAAGAUGUUCCAGGAAGCAGAAAGAGCAAUUGAAGAGGAGAAGCAGCGCAUCCUGAAAGAGAAGGAGGCAGAAAUGCGCAUUGAAAAGGAGCAACUGAGGAAUGAAAUGCAAGCAGUGUACGAAGAACAGCUGAGGAAUCUUAAUGAAUAUCACAAGGCUGAAAGGAUGGAGGACAGAAGAGUCCGAGAACAGGAAAAACAGGCAAUGCAGACCAGGUUGAAUAAACUGACAUGGGAGCGUGACAGGUUUAUCAAUGCAAAGGUGGAGAUGGAAAUGGAGAUGCACAGGGAGAGGCAAAAUAUGGAGCUGGUGGUGGCGAGGGAGCGUCAGGACAGGGAGCAGAUGCAGGAGCAGAUGCAGAAUAUGUUUUAUUCCUUAAGCAUGCAGAACAAUCAGAACAUGAUGGCAAUGCAGCAGCAGCAACAGGAGAUAGAAAGGCAGCUGAGGCUUAGAGAUGAUGCAGCAAGGACAGAAAGAAGUCAGUGGGAAGCAGAUAGAGCUGAAUUAAAGGCACAGUAUGAAAGAGAGCUGAAAGCCAAGGAGAAAGCUUUGGAGAAGAAGUAUGAAAGAGAUGCCAGAUUAGAAGUUGAAAAUGGAAGUCGAGCGAUGGGUAGCGUCCUCAAUGUAGUCACAGAAUUUCAUAGAAAUCCACUGAAGUUCAUUUUUAAGUCCUUAUUUGGAAGCGCCACCUGCACCGAGGAGCACCAGAAUACCUUCACUUUAUCCACACUGAGGAUUGAAACCUGUCGCUUCAGCCUGACGAUGGCCAGCAAACAUCCCGUCAAUGUGUUAGUCUUUGACAUUUUGAAGGUAAACGGUACUUCGUCAUUUUCCUGCUUCCAAACAGCAGCGAUGCCACGAGCCACUGAGGAACUGAGGAUUGUGCUGGUAGGGAAGACUGGAUCUGGGAAGAGCGCCUCAGGAAACACCAUUCUUGGCUGUGAGUCCUUUAAAUCAAUGCUGAGCCCCACGUCCAUUACUGACGAGUGCUCCAAGGCCAGAGUGACGGUGGAUGGACAAGACGUGGUGGUUAUCGACACCCCGGGUCUGUUUGACACCAGGCAUGAUGUGAACACAUGUAGACACAUCAGCCAGUGCAUCUCUUACGCUUCUCCAGGACCCCACGUCUUCCUGAUCGUCAUCGGAUUGGGCAGGUUCACGGAGGAAGAGGUGAAGACAGUGCAGCAGAUUCAUGAGCUGUUUGGUCAGGCUGCAGACAGGUACAGCAUGGUCCUGUUCACUCGAGGCGAUGAUCUCAGAGGCAGAACUAUCGAGGAGUUCAUCGGGAGGUCCCCAGAACUGCAGGAUCUCGUGGCCAGAUGCCACGGCCAGUACCAUGUCUUUAAUAAUAACCUGAAGACUGGCCCUCAGGUCACUGAGCUGCUUCAGAAGAUCAGAAAUAUAGUGAGGAACAACGGAGGAAGCCACUACACCAGCGAGAUGUUCCAGGAAGCAGAAAGAUUAAUCAAUGAGGAGAAACAGCGCAUCCUGAAAGAGAAGGAGGCAGAAAUGCGCAUUGAAAAGGAGCAACUGAGGAAUGAAAUGCAAGCAGUGUACGAAGAACAGCUGAGGAAUCUUAAGGAGUAUUUUGAGGCUGAAAGGAUGGAGGACAGGAAGGUCCGAGUACAGGAAAAACAGGCAAUGCAGUGCAGGUUGACUGAACUAACAAGGGAGGGUGAGAGGUUUAUCAAUGCAAAGGUGAAGAUGGAGAUGGAGAAGUUUAGGGAGAAGCAAAAUAUGGAGCUGGUGGUGGUGAGAGAGCGUCAGGACAGGGAGAAGAUGCAGGUGCAGAUGCAGAAUAUGUUUAUGGCGUUAAGCAUGCAGAAUAAGCAGAACAUGAUGGCGAUGCAGAAUCAACAGCAGCAGCACUGGGAGAUAGAAAGAAAGAGAAUGGAGCAGCAGCAUAGAGAUGAUGUAGCGAGGAGGAAGAUGGAGCUCCACAGAGCUCGACGGGAAGCAGAAAAUGCAGAAAUCUUAAAGGCACAGUAUGAAGGAGAGCUUAAAGCCAAUAAGGAAACUUUGGAGGAGAUGCUUGAAAGAGAGGCCAGAGAAAAAGUUGAAUUAGAGGCAAAGUUUCAACAGAAGCUGGAAGCCAAGGAGAAAGCUUUGGAGGUGAUGCAUGAAAGACAGGCCAGAAGAAAAGCUGAAGAUAGAAAUCCAGUGAUGGCCAUCUUGGAUAAUGUAGCUGAACUAUACAAGAAUGUGGGAGAAGUUUUUGAGCACAUUUUCAGCUAGUUCAGAACCCACAGA